UUUAAUUGCUCCCUUUCUACUAAUUCCCUCCUGGGCAAGUUGGUAUAAAGGCAGUACUUUAAUGAAAGAUUAACAUAGAUCAUCAGAAUUGACAGCCUCAGAGUGGAGUGUGUGUGUGUGGUAGAGUAAGAGCUCAUUUCAUACACGACCACAUAGUUUUCACGCGGUCUGACCAGAAGACACAUCACCACCUCCCUCCGCACCACUGCCAGGUUUCACUUUUGUGAUCUCUCUCUUGGAUUUUCUCAUCUCUCGUCACUCUUUUGUUGUCUUUCUGCCUUACUGCUGCUGUUUUUUUUUGUUUUUUAUUUUUGUUUUUUUUAAAAAAGAAGCUUUUUCCCCCAUCAUCUGAUCUCGAUUCUCCUCUUCCUCUCUCCAGUGAUGUCGUCUCUUCUGAGGGAGGAGAUGCAGAGAGUUUUAUUCCGACCUGCAAAACAGAGACUGGUGGAGUUUAUUGAAAUUGAAGAGCCGACGCAUGGAAGACAUUUUAUCUGUGUCUCAGUUUCAAAAAACAAAUUGGUGGAGUUAUGUAUAGUGCGGUGUCAGGUAUCUCAGCCGUCCCUAAAGUCGUCUGGAUCCAAGAAGUCGUCCCACACCAAACGCUCCAGCUUACAGGAGUGCUACAGGAGGACGGAGGUCUGGUCCCUGUCAGCCUUGACUCUGGUUGAUGGACGGGACCCUGAUGUGGAUGACCCCUGUUUCCUGCUGCACUUUGACAAGGUGCGUACAGUGACGGCCGUCAGCUGCUCAGCCAAAUACUCGUUUGUGCGUGCCCUGGUUGUCCUCAGCGAACAGAACUAUCAGAGGUCACUGAACCUGCGGAACUUUGACUGGGCCUACAUCAAGCCCACUUCCUUUUACUCCAACAGAGGAGACUGUGUUGUUCUAACACAGAUAUGCUUCUACGCAUUCAAUUUGGUAUGUCUGUCCAUGUGUCCCGUGCCUCUGGAUGCCUAAUGUAAUGACACAAUGAUUGUGUGUGGGUGUAUGGGUGUGUCAAUUUUAGGUGUGUGUGUAUGUUAACUGUAUAGCAGGUUUACUGUUUAUAACUUGUGUUGAGUAUAGGUGUGACGUGAAUGUAGGCUUGUGUCUAUUUUGCAUACUCUGCUGAAUGUAUCUUCAUGGCAAAUGCAAAUUUCAAGCUGCUUUGUAUUUGUAUAAGUGUGUAAAUUACUUUUGUGAUCUUUUAAUUAAUUUUGAAAGUAUUCUGUUCUGUGUGCUGUUGUAAAAAAUGUGAAUUUCAAAUGGAGAAUAAAUAAAACAAUUACAUGUUUCUUGCCCUUCUCUGCCUUUAGCCUUCUUAAAAGUAAUCAUCCAAUAUGGUAUCAAUUUAGUAUAGGCCUAAUUCACUGUGGUGUCUGUGGUGUCUUAUAGGCUUACUAAUGGUAGCUCAUGACUUCAGUUUUGGCCUAACCAUACAGCUGAAUUAACACUUAGUGUAUAUUUUAUAUGCUGGUUCCAAUAUAUAUUAGAAUGUAUAUAUUGAUUACCUUUUAGGCCACAAAAAAAGUAAAUGAAGGAUUCAGUAUUACCCUAUAUUACCCUCCAGAAUAUUAUUCUUUUUAUAUAUUGUUUUGUUAAGCAUGUUUUGAAAUAGUAUAUAUGCACUCAGUAAAUAAAAAAUAAUUGUAUUAUUAAGACUUUUUAAGUAUCUGGUCAAAGUUAAAGAAGCACAGGGGACUUGGAGUCAUGACUAUGGUCCUUUCAGUAAU